CAGCAUCAACGGUACAGUCACACUUCUGUCUGAAUUUUUUGAGUAGGUGCGUAUUUCUUUGUACUGGCACACAAACUGACACGAAAUGGCCUACAAUAGAAACUCUGGUGCAAGAACCUUCAGCAGCCGUUCAUACAGCUCUCCGGGCAACAAAAUGAGUGUUUCCCGAGUAAACAGCGCCUACUUCCCAGGCAACAGGACUGGACCGUCUGGAAUCAAUGCUUCGUGGGCUACCCCAGUCUCCUCUGCUGGGAUCCUGCUCUCCAACCCCCCCAACACCGAAAUAGACCCCCGUUUCCACCAGAUUAAAACCCAGGAGAAGGAGGAGAUAAAAGGACUGAACAACAAAUUUGCAGAUUUCAUUAACAAGGUGCGUCAUCUGGAACAGCAGAACAAGGUUCUGGAGACCAGGCUGAAGAUCAUGCUAGAGAAGGGCGACUACAAGUCCAACAUCGACCAAAUCGUGGCCGCGUUUGGCAAUAACCUGAUGAGCCAGAGAGACAGGCUACGCAAUGACAGGGACAAACUGGAGAAGGAGCUGGCUCGCACUCAGGCACUGGUGGAGGACAACAAAAACAAGUUUGAGGAUGAAAUCAACAGGCGCACUCAGUUAGAGAAUGAGUUUGUGCUCAGCAAGAAGGAUGUAGAUGAGGGCUACCUCCAGAAGGUGGAUCUGGAGAAUACAGUAGAGAGCCUGAUGGACGAGCUGGACUUCCUGAAGCAGCUCUACGAUGAGGAAAUCCGUGAGCUGCAGUCUCAGAUUAACAACACAGCGGUUACCGUGGAGAUGGACAACAACCGCGGUCUUGAUAUGAAGCAAAUUGUGGAGGAGGUGAAGGCGCAGUACAAGGGGAUCGCAGUGCGAGGCAGAGAGGAAGUUGAGCAGUGGUACAAAAACAAGGUGGAUGACAUGGCGGCCGAGGCUGAGAAGUACAACCAGGACUUGAAGGGAGUGAAGAACGAGAUCACAGAAAUGAUUCGUCUCAUCCAGAGACUCAACUCUGAGGCUGAGGGCUUGAAGAAUCGACGAGCCAAUCUUGAGAUGGCCAUUGGAGAGGCGGAGGAGCGGGGACAUCUUGCAGUGUCAGACGCCAAGAACCGUGUGAGUGAGCUGGAGGCAGCCCUGAAGAGUGCCAAGCAAGCCAUGGCCAAGCAGGUGCGCGAAUACCAGGACCUCAUGAACCUCAAGCUGGCAUUGGACAUUGAGAUCGCCACCUACAGGAAGCUCCUGGAAGGGGAGGAGAGCAGACUGGGAACCCACCAGCAAGGAGGGCUCCACCAGGACUCUCAACUCAGUGCCAUUGACCAGCUAGAUUUCUAAACCCCCUGUGUGCCCUGCUUACGUAGAUGGCCUGGUGCAGUCCAGAAGCCUGGAUCUCUCCAGAGCAGCACCCCCCAAGAAAACUGUGCUCAUCAAAACCAUAGAGACCAGAAAUGGUCAGGUAAUCUCGGAGUCCUCCCACUUCUCUGAGGACUGAGGAUCCCGACGUGGGUUCACCCACGCGGUCCCUGAGUCAGCGUACUGUGACAAGCAGCAUUUAUCUUUGAAUUGUACAAGCGGGCUGCUUCUUAGGUGGUGGUUGUUUUUUUUUUUUUUUUUAAUUCAUUCUUUUUAAGACUAGCGUAUUACUUUCAUAUUCAUGGCAGCUAUAGUCAUAUUUUACUUGAGCUUAGUUGGCCAGUCCAUACAUAACUUGUGCUGUUGAUUUUCGAAUUUCAUUAUUAAAAAAAAUGCUAUUCAGUUGGACUUAUACCCCUGUAUAACACUCUUGUAUAAUGCUCUCUAUAGACUAAUAAUGCAAAAAUAUGAUCGAGACUGUAGAAAUGUGGUAAACUUGAAUAAAUAAGUCGAUGUCA